AUUAUUCCCAGAUCCAACAGGCACAUUCACAGAAAGCGGAUUUCUACCCAAAAGUGGCAGACUCUAUUGUUGUCUCGUGGGCGUUUCAAGUUGGUCUGGAGUGGAAAAUUGAAAAUUUAAAUAAUAUAUUAGCAAAAAUAAAGACAAGUAAGGAGAAGUAAGGAGAAGUGUGUUGCCGUACUUUAUAAGAAAUAGUUAUUUAUAGGAAGAGAAAAGAAAGGUGAAAAUUUAUCGAGAUUCUGCUGCGUUAUACCGUGUAUGACUCUAUGGUUGCAGUGUCUCUAUAUCGUGGAGUUAGCGAUUUAAAAUGUAAUUAACUGCGAUCAAAUGUGUCAGAUUACAUAACGGUGAAUUCAAAAGGCUCAACAGAAAUGGCAAAGCCUUUGGCUAUGCCUUUGUGGAAAUUAGCUGCUGCAAGUGGACCGUAUGUGGUGCUUGCUGCUUUGAGCGGUGCAACAGCUGUGAUUCUGGGUGCUAUUGGAACUCAUAGACAUUAUCCCAGAGACGAAAUAGGACAGGAGCAACGUCGAAUCUUUGAGAUUGCUAAUCAAUAUCACUUUGUACAUACUUUGGCACUGUUGGGACUACCAUUGUGUAGGACUCCAGUCUUGGCUGCUACAUUUAUGCUUUCUGGAAUUUUAUUAUUUUGUGGUAGUGGCUAUUACAUUGCGUUCACGGGUGAUCGACGAUUUAGGGGAACAACGCCAUUUGGGGGCUUUUGUUUUAUACUAGGAUGGUGCAGUAUGUGUCUUUAAGAAAUGUAUGUAUCAAUAAGAAGAUGUUGAAGAAAAUUUUGGAAAUAAUCGUUUACAGGAUCAUUUGAGUAACUACAUUGUUUCAGAUUGUCUUAAAUGUCAUGUAGAAAAUAGUAUGUCUGUGUGAUAACUCUCAAUGAAUUAUGCUUCUUACUCAAUGUGUCUAGGAGAUAUAUUCCUAUGGUGAGCAAGUUUACAGUGUUUAUAUUUAUUGAAGGCUUUCAAAAAAAGAAACAAUAUCUUCUGAUUUGAAUAAAGUAAAACUUGUUUAUACUAAUGAAUCGAUAUAAAUAUAACUUUUGUUUAUAAUAUUAAUGACAUAGGUUUGGAUCACACGUAUCCUGAACCAUUACACACUUUAUAAUGUUGCAUACCUAAGUUUUCUUGCACGUGUUCCGCGCGUCGGUGAUUACUCUUGUUUCUUUACGCAAGAUACUAUCACUCGCGAGGUCGUCACAAAGUGAGAUAUAUGUAUAUAUAAGAAAAGUAAUUAUACAGAUAUAUCCAUAUUGUCCACAUUAAGAUGAGAAAACGUAAUGUCAUGGUAAUGUAACGUAUAUCGACAUACAGCGUGUGGUGUGUGUCUAAAAAAUACAGACAUUACGUUUUAUUGAUAUUGACAUAAAGUAAAUUACAAUCGCACUUUUGCUCCGCUAGUAAAAAGUAACAUUUUUCGAGUGAUUUUUUUCGAGUAAUUGUUCCGGCGAAUAUAACAACAAAAUUGAAAAAGCUUUUCUUUUGCACACGAACACGAUGAAUCUGACAUUAAAAAAAAAAAAAAAAAAAA